AUGCGUGGAGUCAUCGUCCUCCUCGUUCUUCUCUAUUCUGCUGCUGUCGUAUCGCAACAGAAUCCACCGAGACCCGAUUUCUUGGAGAGGGUGUCAGAUGAAGCCAGACGAGAGUUUUUCGAUAUUCUCUCGAAUGACGGUCUUGCCAUUUUUGAGCAAAACAGACGUUUGAGCGAAUGGGCGAAGAGAAACGAUGUUUCGGAACCCUACAAAACAUGGUCUCAAAAUGUUCAACAACAGAAGGCUGAUCUUGAUGCUGAAGUUCGACGAGUUGUCGGAAAUAUGACGGAAGUCUAUGGAAAAAUUGAGGAAAUCUUCUCAAACACUAAUAUGACUGGAAAGCAACAGCGAGAGAGCAUCAAGAAUCUUUCAACGACAUUCCCCAAGGAAGUGCGCGCCAUUUUCGGCAUCGCCAAAACUCAACGCGAAGGUCCAAACGUAGAAGACUUCGGAAGAUUCCCACCACCGCCACCACAUCCAUUUGGCCCUCGUCCGCACUAUCCGUAUCCGCCACCAGCACCAUACUGGCCACAUCCGCAUCAUUAUCCAUUCCCGUAUCCAUACCCACAUCCACAACCAUAUCCGUACCCGUAUCCAUAUCCACCAUCUCCAUGGUCACCACCGAAAGCGGAAGAGCAACAACCGGAAAAGAAAACAAUGGAACGUACACCAAAAAUGUCUCAAGAAUUUAUUAUGAACGACUCUGGGCUAAACACUCGAGAUCUAUCGAUGGUACCGCUCGAACAAAAUGACAAAAAACAGAGUGGUGCAGCUGGAAGGGGAUUUGGUCUGAGAGGAAGACGAUUUGGACCGCCAAGUGACUUCAACCGAAGAACUCGUAAAUUUGGACCGGGAAUUCGGUCAGCACCUUCCGAUGAUUUCCCGAGAGCAGAACCGUUCGGACCAGGACCACAAGAUGAGCAACGACCGGGACCGUUUGGACCAUCUGAAGACUUCCCAAGACGAGAAAGACCGUUUGGACCAGGACCACAAGGUGGACAACGUCCGGGACCAUUUGGACCAUCCGAUGACUUCCCAAGACGACCUGAACCAUUCGGACCAGGACCACAAGGUGGACAACGUCCGGGACCAUUUGGACCAUCCGAUGACUUCCCACGACGAGAAAGACCGUUCGGACCAGAACCACAAGGUGGACAACGUCCGGGACCAUUUGGACCAUCCGAUGACUUCCCAAGACGAGAAAGACCGUUCGGACCAGGACCACAAGGUGGACAACGUCCGGGACCAUUUGGACCAUCCGAUGACUUCCCAAGACGACCUGAACCAUUCGGACCAGGACCACAAGGUGGACAACGUCCGGGACCAUUUGGACCAUCCGAUGACUUCCCACGACGAGAAAGACCGUUCGGACCAGAACCACAAGGUGGACAACGUCCGGGACCAUUUGGACCAUCCGAUGACUUCCCAAGACGAGAAAGACCGUUCGGACCAGAACCACAAGGUGGACAACGUCCGGGACCAUUUGGACCAUCCGAUGACUUCCCAAGACGAGAAAGACCGUUCGGACCAGGACCACAAGGUGGACAACGUCCGGGACCAUUUGGACCAUCUGAAGACUUCCCAAGACGAGAAAGACCGUUUGGACCAGGACCACAAGGUGGACAACGUCCGGGACCAUCUGGACCAUCCGAUGACUUUCCAAGACGACCUGAACCAUUCGGACCAGGACCACAAGGUGGACAACGUCCGGGACCAUUUGGACCAUCCGAUGACUUCCCAAGACGAGAAAGACCGUUUGGACCAGGACCACAAGGUGGACAACGUCCGGGACCAUUUGGACCAAGAUCAGAAGUUGAGCAGUCAAAUGUAUUUGGGCCAAUUGAAGAUCAACCGAGAAGCACCAAUAUGGGAUCAGAUUAUCAACGACGACCUCCAAUGAACACCGAGCGUAGUUCGAGACGACGAUCGGAUUUCGAAGAACCACGACAGUUCGAUAGCAGUCAUGGAUUCGAGAGAAGACGCCAAGGUGAAUCAUACUUCUCGAGUCCAAUGCGCUUCGACCAAAGAUCCGGUUUCGGAAUGAGAGGACAAAAUUCGGCACAACAAAAUCAAACCAAUCAAUAA